AGUGUUGUGCGCCGUUUUUACGACAGGAGAGGUAGUGCUUAGGGGUAGGGAGCACGACUGGAUUGUGAGUGCGGCUCUUGCACCAGACGCACAGCUGAGGCUAUUUAAAGGGCUCUUUUAGUGUCAACAACGCGUGCUAUUUCCUCAAACACUGAGGAAGGAAAGGCAGGCCAUCAUGGCGGGUGUCGGGGCGAGCGCCUCUGCAAACCCUGCAUGCAAGAUUAUGACUUUUCACCCCACUAUAGAGGAGUUUCGUGAUUUUAAUAAGUAUCUGGUGUACAUGGAGUCUCAGGGAGCGCACCGUGCCGGUCUGGCGAAGGUGAUUCCGCCGAAGGGCUGGAAGCCAAGACGCACCUACGAUGACAUCGAUGACCUCGUUAUCCAGGCACCCAUUCAACAGAUGGUCGCUGGCCAAUCAGGGCUCUUCACUCAGUACAACAUCCAGAAGAAGCCGCUUAGUGUGCAGGAGUUCCGCAGGCUGGCGAAUAGCGACAAGUAUUGCACACCUCGGUACCUGAAUUACGAGGACCUGGAGAGGAAGUACUGGAAGAACCUGACGUUCGUGCCGCCCAUAUACGGCGCGGAUGUGAGCGGGACGCUGUACGACGAGGAUGUGGAGGAGUGGAAUAUCGGGCACCUGAACUCCAUCCUGGACGUGAUCGAAGAGGACUGCGGCGUCUCCAUCCAAGGCGUGAACACCCCCUACCUGUACUUUGGCAUGUGGAAGACGAGCUUCUCCUGGCACACGGAGGACAUGGACCUCUACAGCAUCAACUACCUUCAUUUCGGAGAACCCAAGUCCUGGUACGCCAUUCCUCCGGAACAUGGGAAGCGUCUGGAGCGAUUAGCCACAGGUUUUUUCCCUAACAGCAUUAAGAGUUGUGAAGCUUUUCUCAGACACAAGAUGACCCUCAUAUCGCCUUCGGUGCUGAAGAAAUACAGCAUCCCGUUCGAUAAGAUAACACAAGAGGCUGGAGAGUUCAUGAUCACGUUUCCGUACGGCUACCACGCCGGCUUCAACCACGGCUUCAACUGCGCCGAGUCCACCAACUUCGCCAGUCUGCGCUGGAUUGACUACGGCAAACUCGCCACUCAGUGCACAUGCAGUAAAGACAUGGUGAAGAUCUCCAUGGACCCCUUCGUGAGACGUUUCCAACCAGAUCGUUAUCAGGCGUGGACGCAGGGCAAAGACUCCUGCUCGCUAGACCACACUCUGGCCACGCCCAGCUCCACGCCUGAGCUCCAGACGUGGCUCCAGAGACGCCGCAGAGCCAAAACCAACAAACGAGCGAGCUAUCCUUGCACACGCUCCAAACGGCUGAAAACCGUGCAGCAGCCGCAGCAGGUCGUCACGAGGAUAAGUGAACAGGGAGACGAAGCGAAAGAGGAGGAAGAACAAAAAGCACACAAUGCAUUGCGCCUCUCAGGACCUGCUAGUCUGUGCCAACAGGUUUGUUUUGUCAAGGUCACACGAGUCAAGAGCAAUUUAUUGGUCCAGUCAUCUAAAAGAUUCCCACCUCAAGCGCCGCCCCCUGAAGCACAAGAAGCCUUAGGAAGAAGUGAGCCUCUCACCUCAGCUGACCAAGCUCCUGGUUCUGAUGUAGAUGACACGCCGGACUCUGAGCAAACUUCCGAACGUUCCUGCGUUGCCAAAUCCUCCAGCAGCAAAUCACCGUCUAAAAAUCAACUUCCCUAUAAAGGUGCUGUUCAUGAGGAAAACCCUUCUGCUGGAGAUCCCUCGAGUACAGAAGUCACUACUGAAUCGUGUGAACUCCCCGAACAUUCAGGAGCUCCCUCGUCUGACAUGCCGUUACUCACACCGGAGGUCACAGAGGAUCUCGAGGGAAGAAAAUCUCCAAAUCUGUCAUCUGAAAUGCCCUUCCUGACUCUCGCCGUCCAGUCCAGCGAUAACAACACACUACUGAAUCCUAACGAAGUGGAAAAAUCCACCUCACCUCAGAAAGCACAGUGUCCAGAUCGGUGCUUAAAUCCAUUCCGAGAAGACAUCAGCCGAAUCAAAAAGAAAGAUGGAAACGCUGACGGAUCUGACAUUAAUCUGCUUUCCGAUAUCUUGCAUCAACCCAUAAUCAGUACUGAACUGUUUGGAUGUAGUUCUGUGAAGGAUUCUCUGAUAUCAGCUGACGCUAACACGCUUUCCAGUGAGUCUCCAUCCACGUCUUAUGACCAGAACCCACCGAACAAGCCCUCGUCUCCUCUCGACGAAGCCGAAUUCACGUCUUCUACGCUACCAAACCUCUUUGAGGAAUCCUCCACCAUCUGGAAGAACAUAAGCUACCAAAAUCCCGAAGUGUCCGAGCUAGUGCCUUACGCCAUGUGGGCGGAGCCUCUGUGCCAGCAGGUGAAGUGCCCUGAUCCUUCAGACUUUCCAGAAAAGAGCCUGACAUUUACUGAUCUGGAACCGAGCGUGGUUCAUCAUCUUGGUUCUCCAGACAGGCCUCGGAGGUCAGACAGCAGCAGCGAGUCCAGCGAGGAGAACUCCCUGAGCGAGUCGGAGUACGGAGAUUCAGGCAUCGAGCCGGGAGAAAUCCGCACCUACACCAUGCCCACGGUAAAGAGAAAGACGGCCAAAAGUUGGCGCCACCCGUUAAGGAAACCAACAGCGAGGGCGGUUCCAAGCGCCGUGAAGCAGCAAGCCAACAGUGACGAUGAACACAUGGAGGAGUGCAGCGCCGAGGAAGAACUGCAGGAGGCUGACGCCUGGGCGAGACCCCUGGUCCAUCUCUGGCACAGCAGGAAGUCUCACUUCCCGUCGGAGAGAGAGUACAACAGCACAGUAGCCAAGAUGGUGCCGCACUGCGCUGUGUGCACGCUGUUCAUGCCUUACUACCAGGUUUCUCAGCAGCCCGAAGAGAUAAAAGACGAAAGCAGACCUGAGGUCACGCUGGCGCUCGGGGAGGCCACGGCGAGGUCGCGACCUCUGAUUCCUGAAAUAUGCUUUGCGUACCGCGAGGGCUCGUGUCCGCCUAACACGCUCCUGGAAGAAGAUGGAUCUAGUCCUCUCGUGGCCUGUACACACUGCUGCGUUCAGGUUCACGCCAGUUGCUACGGCGUCGCCGCUCAGGACAUAACCCGGGAGUGGACGUGUGACCGCUGUUCCUGUGGAGAUCUCACUGCUGAAUGUUGUUUAUGUAAUCUGAGGGGUGGUGCGUUAAAACCAACGACAGACAGCAGGUGGGCUCAUGUGAUGUGUGCUGUGGGUCUUCCUGAGGCCAAAUUCAUUGAUAUAGUGAAAAGGAGCCCCAUCGAACUCAGCGCUGUCCCUGCACAGAGAUACAAACUGAAAUGUAUAUAUUGCCAUAAACGGAUGAAGAAGAUAUCGGGCGCGUGUAUCCAGUGCUCCUGCGGCCGCUGUCCCACCUCCUUCCACGUCACGUGCGCUCACGCCGCCGGCGUCACCAUGGAGCCUGACGACUGGCCUUACGUGGUGUUCAUCAUCUGCCACAGGCACCAGUCACGGAGCUCCAACACUAAGUCGAAGGUAAGCCGAACAGAGCUGGCUCAGGGCCAGACUGUGAUCGCCAAGCACAAGAACCUGCGCUACUACAGCUGCCGCAUCGCCAGCGUCACGGCACAGAUGUUCUACGAGGUCAUGUUCGACGACGGCUCGUUCAGCAACGACACCUUCCCUGAAGAUAUCGUGAGCAGAGACUGUGUUCAGCUUGGGCCUCCAGAGGUUGGCGAGGUCGUGCAGGUCAAAUGGCCCGAUGGGCUUUUUUAUGGGGCUAAAUACUUGGGCUCUAACACUACAUACAUGUAUCAGGUGGAGUUUGAGGACGGUUCUCAGGUGCUGGCUAAGAGAGAGGACAUUUACACCCUGGAUGAGGACCUGCCCAAAAAGGUGAAAGGUCGCCUGUGUGUGUGUGUGUGUGUGUGUGUGUGUGUACAGUCUACAGCCUCCACCAUGCGUUUCGAGGACGCCUUCUUCACCACGCAGGGCGAGCGUAAGAGGCAGCGCACACCCAACUCUCGCUUCCAGAAGGACUACGUGGCCGACCCGAACCCUCGGACCUCCAACUGCGGCAAAAGUAACUGAGAGAUGAGAAAAAAGAAGGAAGGAAAGAAAUAAAAGAGACAGUCGGAGGAGGGUGAACGGUGUAAAAAGGGUUAAAAGAUAGCUGAUAAACUGUGAUUUUUUUUCUCUCCAUCGUAUAUACGACUUAACACUUUGUCAGUUUGCUGAGAAAAAUCCAAGGUGGAAGACCCCCCCCCCCCCCCGAAUAUCUGAAGCAUCAAAAUACGGAAUUAACGCCAUUUUCUCCUGUUUAUAAAUCUUCUCCUCGCUGUUCCAGUCUGUUUUUUUUGCACCUUAGACACUAUUAUUUUUGCAGAUGGUUUGCUUGGCUUUGCACGUGGGCUUUUGUAAAUCGCCUAGCGCUCCUCCCCUCGCUAACACUACUGUCACGCCGAGCUUCCGGAAACGCCGUUUAAAAAAACCUUGCUACUGAUUUUGCCCACUUUUAACUUCUGAGUUUUAUCUUAUUUAUUUGGAAUCUUAUCUUAUUUUUAGUGGUGCUCCAAUCUGUAAAGAAAAUCAGAGCUCUCUGUCUGGAAGGAUGAGUUAUGAAUAUUUGAAUAAACAUACAUGUGAAUAUC